AAGAAACGGCGGCCCAUAUUCGAGUUUGCCCUUUCCAAUCUCUUCCCCUCUGUCUGAAACUUCUGUCGCCGGCGGCGAUCUCUUCGUCCGCUUGUCGGAUUCCCGACUGUCCCUUCCCAUCAACACUUCCCUCUCCUCUCUUUAUCAUCUAUUUUAUGUUUUAAACCAUAUCCCAAAAACAAAAAUCCAAAAAAAAGAAAGAAAAUCUCUCGUUAAAAAUCCCAAAAUAUCAUUCUAGGGUUUGAUUUUCUUUUCGUAUCUCAAUUGAUUGAACUGUUUUACUGCGAAUAAAAAGAGGAGAGGGAAGUGGAAAAGCCAAAAAAAUCAAAAAAAUCUAUCUGAAAAAAACUUCUAGUCUGAUUCUUAGGUUCUGAGCUAGGAUGGCACAAGUUCAGGCACAACCUCCGGCCGGCAACUCCAGUGGUGGAGUGAACCAGUUCGUGACGUCGCUUUAUGUUGGCGAUCUGGAUGUGAACGUCUCUGAUUCGCAGCUGUACGAUAUUUUCAAUCAGCUUGGCCAAGUGGUCUCUGUUAGGGUUUGCAGGGAUUUGACUACCCAGCGAUCUCUUGGCUACGGCUAUGUGAACUAUGGAAACCCCCAAGAUGCUGAUAGAGCAAUGAAGGUGCUCAACUUUACUCCUCUAAAUGGAAAGCCCAUCCGUAUAAUGUAUUCACAUCGAGAUCCAACCAUACGUAAAAGUGGUGCUGGAAACAUAUUUAUUAAGAACUUGGACAAGGCAAUUGACCACAAGGCACUGCAUGAUACUUUUUCUGCAUUUGGGAAUAUUCUCUCAUGCAAGGUGGCAACUGACGCCACUGGUCAGUCCAAGGGGUAUGGUUUUGUGCAAUAUGACAGUGAUGAAGCUGCACUCAAUGCUAUUGAGAAGCUGAAUGGCAUGCUGUUGAAUGACAAGCAAGUGUAUGUAGGACGUUUUGUUCGUAAGCAAGAACGAGAUUUGAAUGGGGAAAAGACAAAGUUCACUAAUGUCUUUGUGAAGAACUUGGCUGAGUCUACAAGUGAAGAGGAUCUCAGGAAUAUUUUUGGUGAGUUCGGUACCCUCACUAGUGUAGUUAUAAUGAGAGAUGAUGAUGGAAAAUCAAGAUGUUUUGGAUUUGUCAACUUUGAGAAUGCUGAUGAGGCAGCUAAAUCAGUGGAAGCGCUUAACGGACACAAAUUUGACAACAAAGAAUGGUUUGUUGGAAGAGCUCAGAAAAAAUCUGAUCGGGAGGUUGAAUUAAAACAUCGUUUUGAACAGACUGCAAAGGAGGCGGUUGACAAAUCACAGUGUUUGAAUCUCUACAUAAAAAAUCUAGAUGAUACUAUUGAUGAUGAGAAACUCAAAGAAUUAUUCUAUGCAUUUGGAACAAUAACUUCAUGCAAGGUCAUGCGAGAUCCUAAUGGAGUAAGCAAGGGAUCAGCUUUUGUUGCAUUUUCGACUUCUGAGGAGGCAUCUAAAGCACUGGCUGAUAUGAAUAGUAAGAUGAUCAAUGGAAAACCUCUAUAUGUUGCCCUUGCACAGCGAAAAGAAGAUAGGCGUGCAAGGUUACAGGCUCAGUUUGCUCAGAUGCGCCCAGUUACAAUUUCACCUUCAGUUGGUACACGCAUGCCAAUGUAUCCCCCGGGUGGUCCAGGAUUAGGGCAACAAAUAUUUUAUGGCCAGCCACCUCUACUUCCUCCACAACCUGGUUUUGGGUAUCAGCAGCAGCUUGUCCCUGGCAUGAGGCCUGGUGGGGGGCCUAUGCCAAAUUUCUUUGUGCCACUUGUUCAACAAGGUCAGCAAGGUCAGCGUCCUUCUGGCAGACGUGGAGGUUCUGGUCCAUUGCAGCAGGGGCAGCAAUCUGUUCCACUGAUGCAGCAGCAGAUGAUUCACAGGGGACGUGGGUAUCGUUACCCUCCAGGGCGUGGUAUUCCUGAUGUUUCUAUCCCGGGAGUAGCUGGGGGCAUGUACUCUGUCCCUUAUGAUAUGGGGGUCAUGCCUAUGCGUGAUUCAGGGAUGGCUCAACCAAUGCCCAUUGGAGCUUUAGCGACUGCACUUGCUAAUGCUUCUCUUGCCGAUCAAAGAACGAUGUUGGGGGAAAAUUUAUACCCACUUGUGGAACAGCUGGAGCCUGUGCAAGCAGCCAAGGUGACUGGCAUGCUUCUGGAAAUGGAUCAGACAGAGGUUCUCCAUCUGCUUGAGUCUCCAGAUGCCCUUAAAGCCAAAGUCGCAGAGGCAAUGGAAGUGCUCAGGAAUGUUUCUCACCAACAGGCCAACAACACUGCUGAUCAGCUGGCCUCUAUGUCGCUCAAUGAUGGUCUCGUUUCUUGAGUUAAGUUUUUUAUGGACCUUUGGAACAUAAUUUGGGAAAAACAAAAAAGACUAUCUUGUUUUCUGAUGAUACAUUGAAUUUGUGUUGCUGCUGGGAUGAGUCGGUUUCCUAAUCUGCAUGAACCCUUUGUUGUGAGCUUUCAAAGUCUUGCUAUAAAUUCUUUGAUUUGAUGGCAUUUGCUAGAUUUUGUUCUUUCAUACCCUUUAUUUUAUCUCAUUCAAAUCCUUUUACUAGUGGAAAUAUGUUAAUUGCUCUAUACCCGAGCCGGCUGUGUUCAAAAUCUUCUGAAAAACAUAGGAGUUCAAAAUAAAGCAAUGCCCAUUAA